CUAAACCCAUCACCAUCGCUUAUCUUUUCAAUGAAGACCAAGGGAGGGCAGACAUUCAACGACGAUUUUGAGCGAGAUUAGCCGACGCAUGAGACUCUCAGAGCCUCAGCAUGAACCAGGGGAGCAGUGCUUGUUUGUGGACCUCAGUGCCUCAGCACUGCCCUGCACCAUGUGAUCGUUACAAGCAUGCAUCUUGUGCCCACAGAGGCUAUGUUUACGUACUAAGUGGCAGAGAAAGACACUUGCUGAGAGAUUUUUGGAAAUAUAAUGUGGUAUGUGACAAGUGGGCCGAGCUUCCCUGUGAUAGUGAAGAAGCACCUGAAGAACUGGAGGAGCACACAAUGGUAGCAUAUCAGGGAUUUCUUUAUGUCUUUGGAGGAAUGCAAGAUUCAUCUUAUACUAAAUCAAUAAUGCCUCUUUGGGUGUUUGAUACAGUAAAAGAUUCCUGGAUUAACUGGAAAACAGGGAGUGAAACUUCACAGGGAGUGAUACCAGCAAACAGAAAGGGGCACAGUGCUGUCAUUUUUGGGUCAUCUAUGUAUGUCUACGGUGGAUACAUUGAUAUGAGAGGAUCAACAAAGGAAUUCUGGAAAUUUGAUUUUGAUUCCAGAGUGUGGUCACUCCUAAGCAGUGUAGAAGGAGGGCCUGGUCCCAGACAUGGUCACUCAGCUAUGACAUACCAGGACUCUAUGUACCUUUACGGUGGCCUGCAGGGCCUGAGGGAACAGAAGGACCUGUGGAGCUGGAGUUCUGCCAGUCAGACCUGGAGCUGCAUCAAUUUCCAUUCAGGUCCUUCCAGGCUGGUUGGUCACUCUGCUGUAUUGUUUAAGGACAGCAUGCUCAUCUUUGGUGGUGGGGAAACCCAGAGCUCUCCUCAGAGCAGCUUGUGGAGGUUCAACCUGACAACAAAAACCUGGAAGAAGCUAGGAUUGUUGCCUGGAUCCCCCUCUCUGUGCCGGAUCCAUCACUGCAGCAUUGGCAUAGGCCAGAGUUUCCAGCCAACAUCACCAAACAGCAUUUAUUUAAGAAAGAUUCCCAACUCGCACAACAUCUAUAACCAGCUAAGACCAUUUAAGAACAAGUGCCAACCAUCCCGCGCCAGUUUACAAGAGCCCUGUAUUGAGCUCCAGACUUUCCACAUGGACAGAAAGAAGUAUUUGUCAGAUUUAAGUAUUGCAGUGACAGACACUAAGCUGAAAGGAACCUGUCUCACACAGGAGGCUAUUAGCGAGAAGCGGAAUAGUGGUGACCUGGCAGAGGAAACUGAGGAUGACAUGUUUCUACGUAUGCCUGACGUGCUGUUAGUCCUGGGAGGUAAACCUCUACAAGGACCACAUGUGAUUUCAGUGUGGCAUAUGACAAUGGCAUAA